CUAAGUUUCAAUGUCGUUUGAUGUCGUUCUGUCUGUUUUCUUGCCUGUGUCAUUGAUUCCUUCUAAAUAUUUUUAUUUCUAUUUAAAUUGAUUUAUUCAACUGGGGAAAUGAGCCUCAAUAAUUCAUCUCAAAAUGAUACCAAUAAAGAGUACACUACUAUUAAUAUUUACGACAAGGAAGACCGAAGAAUAUCCAGAACAGAUAUGAAUAUGUUAAUAAUGAACUACUUGGUAACAGAGGGUUUCAAAGAGGCAGCCCUGAAGUUCCAGCAAGAGGCUGGUUUGCAAGAGCCCGCCCUCUGCAGCUCCCUCGACGAGCGCAUCAUGAUUCGGGAGGCGGUGCAGGGCGGCCGCAUACCCGAAGCCAUUGCAAUGGUCAACGCACUUCAUCCUGAGUUAUUGGACAACGAUAGAUAUUUGUAUUUCCAUUUGCAGCAAUUGCAGCUUUUAGAACUGAUUCGGGCUGGAAGAGCAGAGGAAGCACUGGCGUUUGCUAGUGCCACGCUAGCAGAAGCCGGUGCUAAUGACAGCAACGCCCUGACAGAACUCGAGCGUUCACUUGCACUACUCGCCUUUCCGGAUCCUCACGCUUCGCCGUUUGCUGACUUGUUACUGCCAUCCCAUAGUCAAAAGAUUGCCAGCGAAUUAAAUGCAGCAAUACUGAAGAUGGAAAACCAAGAAUACACUAAUCCCAAGCUGUGCAGCCUCCUAAGAAUGAUCCUGUGGUCCCAAAGUGAACUCGACAAGCAUAACAUCAAGUACCCCAAAAUGACUGAUCUCGCAAACGCAACUAUAGAACAGCCUAAAUGAUUUAGGGGAUAGCUGACAGUCGAUACUGUUAAUGGUGUUCUUAAUGAUCAACUGGUUUAGUUUUCAAACAUUCUCUCUCUACACUACAUGUUGCAAGAAAUUAUUUUCAUUCACUUAUGAACAUGUGAUGAAAUAUUGCAUAACAGCCAUUGAUGAUAUGACAAAUUAUAUCUUUCAGAUUGUUAUGUUGACCUUUGAAAUUCCAUGUAAGUAUUUUACCAAUCAAAAGAACACCAUUAAUCUGUUUUCUGAGAUACAUUAUUAUGAUAAGAAUUUCUGAUAAUUUUGUCAAUGGUAUUUUUUGUUGCACCUCAAGUGGAAGUUUAAAGCAAUAAAUCCAGGUAAAUAAAUUCCACUUGGGGAAUGAUAACUGAAUUUUUAUAUACAGUAAUAAAAACCUGGAGAAAUACGGUCUCCUUCACAAAAACUAUUUGCUCUCUUGCUGCAAUAGAUAAAUACCAUGUGAUUGUCAGGACUGUGAGAA